GCGCCGUUAACGGCAGAGCCGCUUCGCGCUCUCCUCUCUUCUUCCAUUAUCCUCGCUUUCAGAAAGAGAGAGAGGACCAGCAUCUCGCUCCCCGGGCCGCGUCUCUGUCCGCGGGAGCCGCACCAUCCUUAUCAGUUAACAUGGGAAUUCAAGGCUGUUGUUCUUCCAUCUAAACGGGAAGUCGCACCUCGCGGAGUCAAGACGGGGGACACAAUGAGUGAAGAGCCCUCAGUCACCCCCAGCUGGCUGGCCCCUGACCCCACAGCAUGGCCCAGUGUAGGCACGGGGCAGAGUGACAACAGCAGCAGCCUGGGGACAUUUCCACCAGAGGACUCCCUCCCACCCAGCCAGCUGCCCCUGCUGGUCAACCCCUGGGACAUUGUGCUGUGCUCAUCGGGGACUCUGAUAGCCUGCGAGAACGCCCUGGUUGUGUUGGUGAUCUGGCAGAAUCCAGCGCUCAGAGCCCCCAUGUUCUUGCUUAUCGGCAGCCUGGCACUGGCUGACCUGCUGGCCGGCCUGGGCCUGGUGCUUCACUUCAUCUGUGCCUAUUUGCUUCACUCCGACUCAGCCCAGUUGCUGACCGUGGGCCUGGUGGUGGCCUCUUUCUCCGCCUCCGUCUUCAGCUUGUUGGCCAUCACGAUUGACCGCUACCUGUCGCUGUACUAUGCCCUCACCUACAACUCGGAGCGGACAGCGGCCUUCACCUACACGAUGCUCAUCAUGCUGUGGGGCCUCUCCCUCUGUCUGGGCCUGCUGCCAGUCACAGGGGUCAACUGUCUAUCAGAAGAAGUUACAUGCAGCGUGGUGCGGCCACUGACCAAGAACAACAUCGCCGUGCUGUCAGUCUCCUUCCUGCUUCUUUUUGGCCUCAUGCUGCAACUCUACGUCCAGAUCUGUAAGAUUGUGAUGCGCCAUGCUCACCAGAUCGCCCUCCAGCACCACUUCCUGGCUGCCACACCCCACUAUGUCACAACACGGAAGGGCGUAUCAACGCUGGCCAUCAUCCUGGGUACUUUUGCAGCCUGCUGGAUGCCAUUCACUGUCUACUCCCUUAUUGCUGACUACACCUACCCUCCACUCUAUACCUAUGCCACACUGGUGCCUGCCACCUACAAUUCUGUCAUUAACCCGGUCAUCUACGCCUUCAGGAACCAGGAGAUCCAGAAGGCAUUGUGGCUGGUAUGCUGCGGCUGUGUGCCCACCAGUGUGGCCCAGCGUGCACGGACCCCCAGUGACGUCUGACCAAGCAGACCCAGGUGGGAAGUGAGAGGCACCCUGGGUCAGCUCUGCUCCUCCCUGGGUCUGUCCGGUGUCACUGAGAGCAGCAGAAUGGGAGGUCAGGACAAGUGGCACAGGGCUGUGGAUUCAACGCAUCGGAGAAAGUUUGGUUAGUUAUCCACAGCCCACCUGGGUGGAUAGCGUUUUUUUAAUUAGUUACACACACCAUAGGGCAAGCUAUUUCACUGUCUUCCCCAGUAAAGGUGGCCACUCCGCGGGCUGCAUCCCGCCCCCUCCUGUUCACCCCUUGCCACGCCCUUGUUCUGCAGAGAGCACUGAGUGCAUCACAUAUUACAGGCAGCAGCUGUACAUACAAUGUGCAUUCAUUUAACAGCAUUGGAGCUUUGGCUGACACGCGUCUAGGGAGGGGAUCUUAGUUUGUGCGUAAAAGCUCAUGGCGGAUUAAUAAAGCAGUGUGUGCGUGAGGAGAGCACGGCCGCGGCUGAAUAUACAGGCGUUUCCACAGUAAAGCCCGUCUGGAGCAGCAUCCCGGCGCUCUGCUGCUGCACUCUGAACGUGCGCCGAAAGCUAAACAGCUGCGGGGAGCUAUAAAUAGCCCCGGCGCUCUCUGAUCCGCGCCCUCCGUCCUCCACAGAUGCCGAGAACGAAAUCAAGAUGCUUCGUCUCCCUCUAGCCUCUCACAUUCUCUUAUUUUUCUCUGGAUUGCGAGUGAACAUGUUUUGGUUAUCCGUCUGGGAAGCUCAAAACAAACAACCCCCCAGGAGAGGCUCGCCCCUAACCACCUCUCCUCCAUUUUUUUUUUAUCACUAUGAAGGCACCAAACUGAAUAUAAACCUGUCGGAUUAUGUAACCUCCUUAAAUCCCUUUUGUUUUGCGUUUUUCAAUGAAAAUCGCCUUUUGAAUGUCUGGAGUUUUCUAUAACCUAUAAUUCUAUUGGUGAUUGUGAUUUUGAUAACAUGUUUUUAAAGGAUAACAAAUAUGAAAUGUAAGGAGGAGAGUAAUUGAUCAUAACCAAGUAGCUACAAUCAGACAAACGCCCAAAUAAAAACUUCUGCGUGAUCUUUGUCUGGGAAUCUGCUAAUUCUCUUUGUAUUUCCAGAUAUUUGAUCUUUCUGGGCACCUAAAGAGUGUCACACAAUCUGCACACCAGACUUCCAUGUAAUUUGCAUGCAACAAGCACAGAGCCCCCUUUUCCUCCUGAGUUCAGUGUGGUAGGUCACAUUGAUCACUGCAGGCGGAUCUGCCAUGUAUCCUGAUGUCCUCAUGACCCUAACAAUUUUAUUAAGUGCAACCCUCCACAAUGUUGAAAGAGCUACAAUCAUCACCAGUUGAUAGUCACUGGAUUUUCACCCUUCUUGAAAAAUGUGGAACCUUCUGCUGUAUGGUGCAAUUCAGUUUCAGUUCAGAAGUGUUCUUACAGCUCUGUUUUGGUCAUGACUUGAGUUCAACUUACUGUAAUUUGAUGGACACCCACUGGCUGCUCUGAAAUGUAGAUAAUUAUUAGUUGUUGGUCACAAAAUUAGUCUGCAGGACACCCCCAAAAACAUGUACGCCGAUUUCCUUAUUCACAUGUCAGCAAUAACUAGCCUGUGAAUGGUAGUUAUUUUUUUUAGAAGUGAAGCAAUACCCACACAGCAAUAACAUCCAUGUCCCACCUCGAUUUCUUCCUGCAGAGUGAAGUACCGUGACUGUUCAAGUGGGGAUGUGUUGUAGUGAACAGACUCAGUGAGCCACAGGUGAUGGUUCGGUGGUAAGAUAGUCACUCCAGAGCUUGGAAAAAAAAAAUGGACAAACUCAAACAACUUAUCUGUGACAACACUGCCUCAUUCUGCAGCAAUGUUUUUUCCCAACUGAAAAUUGGGCUUUGAUCAUUUGUGUAAUGCCACAAUUAACUUUUUUGUAUAGACUCUCCUUUUCUGUGAGCAUAUGAACUGUCCUGAGUAUUGUGGCCUCGAGUGUUGGUGUGUGACUCGGGCCUGUGUAUUUGUGCAUACAGUAUGAGCUGCAUGGCCUCUGGGUGUGUGCAUGUGUGUCUGUGCGUGACCCAGCAGCUCAGCAGACCAUAGUCUGUCUGUCUCCCUGUUGUUGUCAGGUGGGAGUAAAACAGGUCAGAGGUUUAUAAAUUCCUGUUGACCCCUUGACCUUAGAGGAUCAUACUACCAGUCUUCCUGUCAGCUCUGAGAGAAGUGGCCUCAUUUGAAGAGCUUUUUCUAAAGGGAGAUAGGACUCAGACAUGGAUGCUCCAGCACUUCAAACCAAAGUGAAAGGGACUCUGAAUGAACUGGGAUCCUAGUCCUGCUGUGUGCUAUCUGUCUUCUCUAUAUCACUAGUCUUUUACUCUAGCUGAAAUCAGUCUAGUCUGGUCAAGGCAGGUGUCCUUAAAGUGACCUGUAAAUUAAUCAUAUGAGCUAAAAAUCGCCACUUCCACAUGCACAGAUCAUGCUUCUUUUCUUCCUUGUUGCCUUCUCUCUCUUCCUUGCUGAGCCUAAGAGAGGAAUUUAAAGGAGCUCCCCGGUCUUUCUUUGUUAAGUGUUAAAAAGGCAGGGAUGAGUAAGGAAAGCUAAAGAAUAACAUUUCUAAGCAGUGGAACGUAGCCCAUGUCAUGUAAACUUGUGCACAGUGUCAGACUGAAGCCUGGCACAUCACACACCAUCACAAUCCUCUGUUCCUUUACCUUUGGAGAAAAGUCUAUUUUGUUAUAUUCAUUGAAAAGUUCUAUUUUUUUUCCACUUCAGUCUGGCCUGAAUUCUUUUCACAUUCUGAUGUUUUAAGAUACUCUCAGCGCUGUAAAGCCUUUUUCUGAAUGUAGUAAUAAUUACGUUGUUUAACUAAUACCCCUCCUGACUCAUUCGUUUCUGUAAAUAAGGCAUGGUUAAGAGGAGGGACGUUAUACCACCUUGCAUGGUGCUACCAAAGCCAGUUAAAGUAGGGGAUGAGUUGGGUCGCACCAUUUUUUUGAAUGACAUUUCUCCACCUCGGCAGUCGAAGCAGGACAUCUUCUGUUAGGUUUCACUUUCGUCACUUCGAUAUGCACCCGUUUAUAAAG